UCCAGAAAGCAGUAGCACAGCCCAGAAGAAGAGCAAGUUCUUCAUCUUAGAGAUUGGAUUGGAUUUGAUAACUAAAAUGGAGAUAUGGCUGUUCAUCAUCAUCUCCCUCUGUGUUGCUACUCUCCUCAAAUCUCUCUAUGAUUUCCUCUUUCCAAAACGAAAGCUCCCACCAGGACCCACCACGGUUCCUAUCAUUGGGAACUUGCAAUGGCUCCUUAUAUCGUCCUUGGAGCUUGAACCAAUCCUCCGAAACCUACACACCAAGUAUGGCCCAAUCAUCACUCUCCAAAUGGGCUUUCACCCGGCCAUCUUCAUCUCCACCAACUCCCUUGCCCACAAGAUGUUGGUCCAAAAUGGUGUCGUUUUUGCUAAUCGUCCUGAGGGGCCAGCCAACAGAAUUGUAAACAGUAAUCAGCAUAACAUCGCCUCAGCCAUAUAUGGCCCAACCUGGCGUCUCCUCCGCCGCAACCUCACUGCUGAGAUCCUGCACCCUUCACGCGUGAGAAACUACUCUCACGCACGAAAGUGGGUCCUGGAGGUUCUAAUCUCUCGGCUUCAAGGCCACUCAGAAUCAGGUGAGUCAGUCCAGGUGGUGGAUCACUUCCGGUAUGCUAUGUUUUGCUUACUGGUUCUCAUGUGUUUUGGGGACAAGCUUGAGGAAAAACAAAUCCAAGAGAUUGAGACGAUUCAACGACGAUUGUUGUUGGGCUUUCCUCGCUUCAACAUAUUAAAUUUCUGGCCUAGGGUGGGAAAGGUAUUGUUCCGGAGUCGUUGGGAGGAGUUGUUCCAGCUUCGCAAAAAUCAGGAAGACACUCUGCUCCCAUACAUAAGAGCCAGGCAGCGACUAAAGCAAGAAAUUCAAAGCAAACAGAACCAAGACAGCCAGGAGUCAGGUUCAUCUUCCUCAAAGAACUAUGUCUUGUCAUACGUCGAUACUUUGCUGGACCUGCAACUGCCAGAAGAGAAGAGGAAGCUAAACGAAGGAGAGAUGAUUGGUUUGUGCUCAGAGUUUCUUGAUGGUGGGACUGACACUACAUCCACUGCACUGCAGUGGAUCAUGGCCAACAUAGUGAAGUACCCACAUAUUCAGAGGAAGCUCUUUGAGGAGAUUAAUGGGGUUGUGGGGGAAGGGAAGGAAGAGGUGGAGGAGGAAGAUUUGAAGAAGAUGCCAUACUUGAAGGCAGUGAUCUUGGAAGGUCUGAGGCGGCAUCCUCCGGGACACUUUGUGUCGCCUCAUUCAGUGACCCAAGUUAUAACCUUUGAAGGGUAUGUUAUACCCAAGAACGCCUCUCUCAAUUUCACGGUAUCAGAGAUGAAUUGGAACCCCAAGAUAUGGGAAGAUCCAAUGAAGUUCAAGCCAGAGAGGUUCUUAAACAGCAAAGGCAAUGGAGAUGAAGUGUUUGAUAUAACUGGGAGCAGGGAGAUUAAGAUGAUGCCGUUUGGUGCAGGAAGAAGGAUAUGUCCUGGGUAUGGCUUAGCGAUGCUGCAUCUGGAGUAUUUCGUGGCCAAUUUGGUUUGGAGUUUUGAAUGGAAGGCUAUGGAUGGAGAUGAGGUUGAUCUGUCAGAGAAGGAGGAAUUCACAGUGGUGAUGAAGAAUCCAUUGCAGAUUCACUUAUGUCCACGAUGGAAAUAAGGUAAAAGUGGAUGGCUUUAGGAGACCACCAAUGCAUCAACUUCAUUAUUAGUUUAUUAUCAUCAUAACUAAUGUGCCUAUCACAACAACUUUGAAUUUCACAAUGAGCACCCUUGUACUGUAUGACUUGAACUAUAUAAUAUAAUAUAUUUGCAGAAUAUGAGAGGUAUAUUCUCAAUAAAUGAAAUGCAAACUUUAGUCUUA